AUGAUCAGACCACCAUUGAAAUUGCCUAAUCAAGCUCUACAAUAUGUACUACAAAUACCCGCAGGUUACCCUCCACGGGUAUGGGUAGGGGUGUACCCCUGGCAAAAACUUUCUACCUGUGAAAAAACCCAUACCCCUGGCCAGGGGUACAGGUUUUUGUGGGUAGGGGUAGGGGUACAGCUGAAAAUACCCAUGGGUUACCUGUGCAGAACACUAGAGGAGACAGGGGAAGUUCCUGGGAGUGAGGAGAUGAUUGUAAAGUGGCCAGCAUCUACUAAGACUAUCCUCACAGGUCUGUUGGCGGGGGAGAAGGAAGAGGCACAAGUAACUGCCAAGAAGUGGAACAAUGAAGCUGCUCCACUGGAAGUUCAGGCCAAUGUCACUGAAUCAAAAGGUGCUGACAUGAUAGAGCAUUUUGCCACUGAGAUGUUCAAGCAAGCUGGAAUGAGGGUCUUUGUGAAUCGCAUCGCUGGCCAGGAUACUGAGAUUCGAACAUUGCAAGUUAUGCAUGUGGAGCUUAUUGGGAUGCAAUGUGAAGUCAAGGCAUUGCAAGAUGUGUCGGUGACUUGGGAUGAGAACCUUCGGUGUGCUCAAGAGCAAUUGAGUCAACAGGAACAGGCCAAUGGGGUUCUCCAGGACGCUUACAAUGCCCUUUGUCUUUGUAUUCUCGCACUGAAUCAUGCAUCAUCUUCCCCUUUUGCUAACUCCAUGUAUCUUGCUAACCCAGCAUCCAUCCCUCAGCAAAGCAUAAUGCCCCUGAGCCUCAGCCAAAUGCAAGCCAUGGAAGGUUUAUACCUAAACUUACCUCAAGGUCAAUCUGGGUUUGGGGGCCAUUCUGCCAGCAACAUCGGUAGUGGUUCUGAUAUCACCGGAUUUGGUGUUUCCUCAUCAGUCAGUCACACUGUCAUUCGGCAACCCCUGUCGGCGGACAUCAAUUGUCAUGAGCGGCGCGUCACUAUCGAUCAUGUGGUGGGUCCCAUGUAUGAUGCUGCAAGUUUUAUAUUGCCGCUGGAAUCAUUAACAUCUGAUGGUGGUGUGGAUGUGACUAGGGCCUUGGCCACAACCAAUAUUGCAAGUGAAUAUGUGUAUUGCCAGUUCUGUGCUCUGAUUACUGGAUGGCCAAACACCCUUCCUCCCCUUGAACUUGAUUUUGCCAUGCUUAUGGCAUGCUCCCAACUAGCCAGUACUCUCGCUGAUGCAUAUCACAAUCCAGCUAGGUAUGCCAAUGUACUGCAGAUGAUGGAGAAGGGGACCAACCCUGAUCGAGAAGAAAACCUGCUUGCCCAAUAUCCGCCAGAGAGUCAUAUUGUUCUUGAUCAGCCUACAGUUGUUUGUGACAAGUUCAGUAUUAUAGUUCUCUGGUACCUCCCUGGGGCUAUUGAUCUACAUAUACAGCAUGACAUGGCGGCGGCCACCGCAAGGAUGUCAGUUGCUCUGGAACAAAGUGUCACUUGCAGCGCCAUUGCAAAUGAUAAAUGGAGAACUCAUGUAUCAAACUUUCAUCCUAGUCGACACGGUGUAACUCCGGGGUGUAUCAAUCUGUCGCCAGCAUGGUUUUUGCAAGGACACCCAGUGCCCAAGUUUCAUCCACAUGUCUCAGCGACUCUGAAAGAGGAUGGCAGGUCUAUAUGUCAGGCAAUACAGAGAUCGGCAGUGCUCAUCACUGCGGCCUUGAGGGUCAUGCACCCUAACCUCUAUUGGUCAUCAUUGGCAACAAAGCUGGCCCUUGGUCUCUGGGCAGCGGAUAAAAUUUUUGAUGAAAUGAGUGUCAUGGUUGUUGGUUUGGGAAGGAUUAUCAGACAUGGGGUGGAUGAGGUGGACGGCGACCAAAUAGCCUGGGUGUGGUACAUGAGUUGCCGAUGCUACACAGGAGUUCAGGUACUGGGCCUCCGCGCCAUAGAUGCCAUUACCAUACGGUGGGGUGCUACUUUGAUAUAA